CUGCCAUGGGGAUUGUGCGAUACUUCACCUGUCAAUGUUUACACCAUGGAUUCGGUUCAGGUGAUGACGCAGCUGUGGGUUUCGAAUGCCAUCGUGUACCCUCCAGCUGCUGCUGCGAGGGGAAACUCCUCCGCCCAGCCUUCAAGCGAGCCUAGGCUUCCUAAGGCAUCCGGGCUAACACUGUUGUUUUCCUCGCCCUCACCCCCGCAACGGUCCAGGAAGGUACAAAAGAGGCGCCAUCUCCUUCUCCAUCGUCUCCGCUAAACCGAUGGCUACUUCGAGCAGCUCUAACCUCUCGGACAUGAUCAGACAGUCCCCACCUGUCGACUUGUCGAAACCCUACGAGGCGGCUUGGGUCAAGGGCAAGACAAUUGUAAUAACCGGAGGAGCGAGUGGCUUCGGCGCCGGCUUCGUGAGGCAUUGGGCAAAAUAUCGCGCUGCGAUAAUUAUUGGAGACGUCAAUGUUGAGAAAGGCGGCGCUCUCGCUCUGGAGGUCCAGAAAGAGACGGGAAACCAGCAUGUCCAUUUCGUGCAUUGCGACGUCACUGACUGGCAGUCUCAAGUCAACUUCUUCAAGGAGGCUGUUAAGCUGAGCCCGCAUGGCGGUAUCGACACCGUAGUCGCCAACGCUGGCAUAGCUGGCGACGACCCCCUGCAACGACCGACCGGCUUGAACACUGCUGAGCCUCCGAAGCCCGACUUCAAAAUCAUGGACGUCAACUGCACGGGAGUCAUGUACACUACUCACCUUGCGCUUUACUGGCUCUUCCGGAAUCCAGGUUCGACAGCCUGCAGCAUGGACUCACAUCCUCUAUACACCCGGGACAGGCACCUGCUGUUUCUUGGGUCAGUCGCCUCACUCGGGCCUAUACCUGUCCAGCCUCAAUACGGUGCUGCAAAGCAUGCCGUAUUGGGGCUGUUCCGUUCGCUGCGCGCAACAUCGCACAUGCAAGGCGUUCGCGUUAACCUUCUCUGCCCUUAUUUCAUCGACACGCCCAUUGUUACUGCGGCUGCACGAGUCGCACUUGCCGGAGGAGCAAUGGGAAAGGUGGAGGAUGUGGUCGACGCUGCAACCCGCUUCGUUGCCGAUUCACGCAUUCUUGGCCGAGCCCUGGUCAUUGGGCCAAAAGUCAAUGUGAAGCAACACGAAGACGGGGAGUGGAAAUUGGUGACCAAGGACGCUCCGGGCAGUCGCCAGACGGCCAUCUGGGAAGCUUACGCAGAUGACUGGGAAGAGGCGGAUGCUUUUUGUCGGAAUAUAAUUGGAGUGUUGAAUGCAGUCCAGGCGGCUCGCGGAUGGAUAGGCUGGGCUGUGGACGUAGUCAAAGCCGUUGGGUAUAGUGUGGGGCUUGCUCGGUGAUGGAGAUAGGCGAGAUUCCCAUCGUCAUUCGACUGUGUAGCGAAGAAGCAUCAUGACAUCACAUCACGGGCCAAGGAGCUGCACCCCUUCCCAAGCCUAACAGCGGACACCAACUGCUUGGGGACAAAGGUGCGCUCUGGAACAGUUCCUGAGCGGUG